GCUCCGCUCGGGUACCAUCAAAGAUUUGCCAAUUUUCGGGUUUAGCUUUUUUUUGUCUGUAUCCAAAAUGGCGGCGGCAUCUUGUCCAACUGGGCGACUGGGUUCCAAGGUUAGAUGGGGUUUGGAGGGAAGAAGAAGCAGCCCCACACCCCGAUGUCCCAACUGCACAAACCAAAACUCAAAUCUUUUUAUCUGAUUGAUUCUUUCACGCCAUUACCACCCGAUUUGUCAAAAGCAUCUUCACAAGAGCUUGCCAUCCAUCUCUCCCAUCGCCAUGGCGAAAGCCUGUUGCCUUCUCUCCCUCGCAGCAUUCUGUUUGUUCUCACGUUAUUGUUAUGCCCAAAGUAACAGUUCAUCUUAUGUUAAUUACCCCAGUUCAGCGUUGGUUUUCCGGCGCUGCCCAGACCACGGCGCUUUCACCGAUCAUCAAGAAGGCUCGUUACCGGAAAUCUUAUCGUCCCUUUUCCAAGAACUCGCCAACCACUCCUCCCAAUCCAGGUUCUACGAGACCACCGUCGGCGACGAGAACAUCGCCGUCUACGGCCUCUUCCAGUGCCGGCACGAUCUCAGCGGCGACGACUGCCGCCGCUGCGUGAACCAGCUGCCGCAACUAUCGAACAGCUUCUGCGGGGCUAGGGUUCCGGCUCGGGUUCACCUCUCGGGCUGUUACAUUCGGUACCAGGCCGACGGAAUCGAGACUUCUAGGGUUGAAUUGCAGCACAAGAUUUGCGGCGACACGAAAGAGGUUUCCGGAGGUGGAUUUGAGGAGCUGAGAGACGGUGCCUUGGCGGCGGCGGAAAGCUGCGUUGUGACGGAAAAUGGGCACUGCGAGAUGGAGUACCACGGGAGGAUGCGAGUGGUGGCGCAGUGUGAAGGCCAAUUGGGACGGUGUGAUUGCGCGGAAUGCAUCGGCAGCGCCGCCCAGAUCGCUCAGGAUGAAUGUGGAUCUUCACUUUCCGGGAAAAUCUAUCUUCAGAGCUGCUUUCUCAGCUACGGCUACUACCAGAAUAGAGACCCCACCACCGGCCUAUUUCCUGAAUAUAGAAAGGCAAAGGGGGCUCCAACCAAAUUAGUGGCCAUUAUUGUUGGAGGUGCAGCUCUGUUGUUCAUCGUGUUCGGCCUUUUCUACUCCUUGAGAGCCUGCCGCAAGACAAGCGAUGAGUGGUGAAAGAAGAAGAUUAGCUAGCUUUGAUGAAGACUUAUGCCAUUUGAAUAUACAAGUCCUUGCAUUUGUGCUUUGAUGGUGGUGGAUGAGAGAUUGAUGGCUAUGGCAAGAGAGGGGAUUUGUUAGGUGGUUUGGAAAGGUUAAUUAUAAUAAUUUUUAAUGUUUAAUUAUUUUUUAACCAAAAAAAAAAAAAAACUUCAUUUACAUUUAUAAAAUAUAAAUUAUAUAAUUUAUUUGAAUGUAUCAAUUAUCUUUUAGCUUGUAUUCUUUUUCAUAUUAAUGAUAUAACACAAAAUUAUAUGCGAUCAUAUUUUCAAUACAAUUACGUUUAGAAAAAAUAUUUAUCACGUUGAUGAUAUCAUGUGUAUUGUAAUUUGGUCAAAUCUAUAUUUUUAUUUUUUUGUAUAAUAAUUUAAAUUUUUUAUUAUUUUAAUUACACCAUUAAACCUGUAAUUUUUUAAUAAUUAAAUUGACUACAAAUGAUGGCCUCUAUACCUUAUAUUGUGUUAGGCCAUGAAUAUCUAAGAUGGUGAAUUUGUGGCAAAGGCUAAAUUUUGAAAAAAAAAAUAAAAAUUAAAAUCAAGUUUAUUUCCAUGUAUCUAUAUUUGAAUAUUUGGCAAUAUAUGGUUGAAUUAUGAUAGUUUAUUAACAUUGUAUCAUUAUUACAUUUAAUAUCUUUCAUUUUGUUUUUGCUAGAACAAUAUUUUCUCUUUUACAAAAAGAUAGGUUUUUUUAGAUGUUUCGAAAAAGUAAUUUAUUCUAAAUAAAAAAAAAUACAUGAUAUUGAGAUAAUUUAUAGGAACUGAAAUAAUUAUGUUUACCCAAAAAAUAAAAGAAAUAAAAAAAUCAUUAAAAUGGAAACCCGAUUAGGAGAACUUUUUGUUUUUCUAAUUUAGAUUAUCGCAUUUUAAAUACAAAACUACAUUAUCACAUUAUAAGGUAUAAAGCCCAUCGAUGAUUGCAUGAAAAGAAACAAAUACGACAUAAAAUCAAAAUAGCAAAAUAACAUUUUUCAAUGAAAUAGAAAAUGUAAGAAUUAUUUUGUGUCUCACAUGAUAAUUGAUAGAAAAUAUAUAAUCACAUAAAUUAGUAACAAUUAUCUAGUAUAUUACAAGAUAAUUGAAUAUCAGUGUUAAUUUGAUGAGAUAAUCAAAUGAUUUAAUAAGAUAAUUGAUUAUUUUAAAAUUCUAUUUGUUCAAAAAAUGUAGGUAACUUUUUUAAAAAAAUUGAUUUGAAACUACUUAUACUAUUAGGAAUUUGGUCAUAUUUCUAUCCAACAUAGAAAUGCAAAAACAAAUGUAGUUAUAUUUUUAUGUUUAUCAUUAAGAUCGGUGUGAAGAAGGAGAAAUCAAAUGUUGGGUGUUUCGUCAUCAACCAGUAAUCUUUUUACGGCCCAAAGUCCUAAUGGAUCCAGGUAUGCGUUUAUUUAAUUGUAUUAUGUGAUUUGCACAAAUUUUAUGAUUCAUGAGUGUUGAACCAACUUGCUCAUAUUAAUUAAGUUUUGAUAAUUAAA